AUGGAGAGUGCAAUCACACUGUGGCAGUUCCUUUUGCAGUUGCUGCUAGACCAGAAACAUGAGCACCUGAUUUGCUGGACGUCUAAUGAUGGCGAAUUCAAGCUACUCAAGGCAGAAGAAGUGGCUAAGCUGUGGGGACUCAGAAAAAACAAAACUAAUAUGAAUUAUGACAAGCUGAGCCGAGCGCUCAGAUACUAUUAUGACAAGAACAUCAUCAAGAAAGUGAUCGGACAAAAAUUUGUGUACAAGUUUGUCUCCUUUCCUGAGAUUUUAAAAAUGGAUCCACAUGCUGUGGAAAUCAGCAGAGAGAGUCUUUUGCUGCAGGACAGCGACUGUAAGAUGCCUUCCGAGAGCAGAGAUCAGCACAAGCACAGCUUGUCAGCACUGAAAAGCACAAGCCGUAAUGAAUAUAUCCACUCUGGCCUGUACUCUUCUUUCACUAUCAACUCUCUGCAGAACCAGCCAGAUCCUUACAAGCCAAUCAAAACAGAAAAAGUGGAGGAGAAGUCAGAAGGAAACACACCAGUCGAAGAAGUUCGGACUGUUAUAAGAUUUGUGACAAACAAAACAGACAAACAAGUUAUGAGGCCCAUGGUGUCGUUGCCUUCCACUUCCGAAACAGCAGCUGCCUCUGCUUUUCUCAGCUCAUCAGUCUCAGCUAAAAUAUCUUCCUUAAUGCUACCCAACAGUGCCAGCAUUUCAUCUCCAUCAUCAUCUUCCUCCAGGUCACCGUCUCUGUCUCCCACCUCACCCCUCCCUGCAGAACACAGGAGCCUCUUCCUUGAGUCCAGUUGCCACGACUCAGAUUCCCUUGAGCCUCUGAACCUCUCCUCAGGCUCCAAAGCAAAAUCUCCAUCUCUUCCCCCAAAGGCUAAAAAACCCAAAGGCUUGGAAAUCUCCGCCCCACCUAUGGUUCUCUCCAGCACUGACAUCGGUUCCAUCGCCCUCAACAGCCCCGCGCUUCCUUCGGGAUCCCUGACUCCAGCUUUCUUCACUGCACAGACCCCAAAUGGAUUAUUGUUGACCCCAAGCCCGCUGCUGUCUAGCAUUCAUUUCUGGAGCAGCCUCAGUCCUGUUGCUCCUCUGAGUCCUGCCAGGCUGCAAGGACCAAACACUCUGUUCCAG